CAGGAGUAUUAAUAUGUGGGCAAGGAAAAAGAGAUAUUAGAUGCGGAGUAGCUGGACCUUUGCUAAAGGAUGAAUUUGACAAAGUCUUACAAGAUAUGGAAUUGGAUCUAAAUUGCAGUGGAAAUAAGGGAGUGGCG